AUGGAGGACCCCAACGGCGUCGGGCCCGGGGCGGGCAGCCCACCUGGGAACGGUAGCAGCCCCGGAGGAGGAGGAGGCAGCAAGGGAAAGCAGGCGUCGCCCAAGAGCCGUGAAAUGUUCAAGAACCAGCGGAGGGAGUCCGAGGGCUCUGUGGACUGCCCCAACCUGGAGUUCGAGUACGGAGAUGCUGGUGAACAUGGGGCGGAGCUGUCAGAACUGUACAGCUACACUGAGAACCCAGAAUUCACUAUCAACCGGCACUGCUUUGAAGAGGAUUUCAGAACUCAAGUACAAGGUAAGGGCUGGCUGGAACUGGAGGAGGCCUCACAGAAAGCCUAUGUAAUGCGUCUCUUGGACCGGUUGGAGGUGGUUAACAGGGAACAACGACUGAAAGUGUCCCGGGCUAUCCUCUACCUGGCCCAGGGCACCUUUGGUGAAUGUGACACAGAGGCUGAUGUCCUGCACUGGUCCCGAUAUAACAGCUUUCUGCUCUACCAAAUGGGAACUUUCACUGCCUUCCUAGAGCUACUGCGCAUGGAGACUGACAACAGUCAGGCCUGUAGCAGUGCCCUUCGGAAACCAGCCAUCUCCCUGGCAGACAGCACAGAACUCAGAGUGCUACUCAGCGUCAUGUACCUGCUGGUGGAAAACAUUCGCCUGGAAUGGGAGACAGACCCUAGUGGAUGGAGGGCAGCCCGGGAAACCUUCCGAACAGAGCUGAGCUUCCCAGUGCACAGCGAGGAGCCUUUUGUUCUCUUGCUUUUCUCCAUGAUCACCAAAUUCUGCAGUGGCCUCGCCCCUCACUUCCCCAUGAAGAAGGUCCUGCUUCUGCUCUGGAAGGUGGUCCUGUUUACCCUGGGUGGUUUUGAGAUCCUACAGGCCUUGAAGAUACAGAAGAGGGCAGAAUUUGGCCUGCCCCCGCUGGCAGAGGACAGCAUCCAGGUGGUCCGCAGCAUGAGGGCCGCUUCACCCCCCUCCUACACCCUGGACCUGGGGGAGUCACAGAUGGCACCGCAGUCCUCCAAACAACGAGGCCGCCGGGGGCGGAAGCAGCUCCUCACAAAGCAGGACAGCCUGGACAUCUACAAUGAACGUGAUCUCUUCAAGAAUGAGGACCCUCCCCCAGAGGAGGAGGAAGAGGCAGGAGAAGGAGAGAACACCCUGGAUGGAGAACUUGACCUGCUGGAGCGGGGACCCCUGGUCCCACCUCGACCCUCCCAGACUCCCACCACAGAGCGUGUGACUUUCCCUAAGGGUUUACCGUGGGCCCCCAAGGUCAGACAGAAGGACAUUGAGCACUUCUUGGAGAUCAGUAGGAACAAAUUCAUCGGCUUCACCCUGGGGCAGGACACAGACACCUUGGUGGGAUUGCCAAGGCCCAUUCAUGAAAGUGUGAAGACCUUGAAGCAGCACAAGUACAUCUCCAUCUCUGACGUUCAGAUCAAGAAUGAGGAGGAGCUGGAGAAGUGUCCCAUGUCCCUGGGAGAAGAGGAGGUGCAGCAGACCCCGUGUGAAAUCCUUUACCAGGCCAUGCUGUAUAAUCUCCCACAGUACAUGAUUGCUCUGCUGAAGAUUCUCUUGGCUGCAGCCCCAACUUCCAAGGCCAAGACAGAUUCAAUCAACAUCCUGGCAGACGUCUUGCCCGAGGAGAUGCCCAUCACUGUGCUUCAGAGCAUGAAGCUGGGCUUUGAUGUGAACAGACACAAAGAGAUCAUUGUAAAGAGCAUCUCUGCCGUGCUGCUCCUGCUGCUGAAGCACUUCAAACUCAACCACAUCUACCAGUUUGAAUAUGUAUCCCAACACCUGGUGUUUGCCAAUUGUAUUCCCUUGAUCCUGAAAUUCUUCAAUCAAAAUAUCUUAUCCUACAUCACAGCCAAAAACAGCAUCUCAGUCCUGGAUUAUCCCUCCUGUACCAUCCACGAUUUGCCAGACCUUACUGCUGAAAGCCUGGAAGCUGGAGACAACAAUCAGUUCUGCUGGAGGAACCUAUUCUCCUGUAUCAAUUUACUCAGGCUGCUUAACAAACUGACCAAGUGGAAGCAUUCCAGGACCAUGAUGUUGGUGGUGUUUAAAUCUGCCCCUAUCCUCAAGCGGGCACUCAAGGUCAAGCAGGCCAUGUUACAACUGUACGUAUUGAAGCUGCUGAAGAUCCAGACCAAGUACUUGGGGCGUCAGUGGAGGAAAAGCAACAUGAAAACCAUGUCGGCCAUCUAUCAGAAAGUGAGGCACCGCAUGAAUGAUGACUGGGCUUAUGGCAAUGACAUUGAUGCCAGGCCAUGGGACUUCCAAGCAGAAGAGUGCACUUUAAGGGCCAACAUUGAGGCCUUUAACAGCCGGCGCUAUGACAGACCCCAGGACUCAGAGUUUGCCCCUGUGGAUAACUGUUUGCUGAGUGUCCUGGGGCAGAAGCUGGAACUCCCUGAGGAUUUCUGUUAUUCAUACGAGCUCUGGUUGGAGAGGGAGGUGUUUUCACAGCCCAUCUGUUGGGAGGAGCUACUCCAGAGUCACUGA